UUUAAGCCACAGGUUACAAAACUGUUGCGAAGUUCAUUGAAAUUAUCCAGCCUUUUAUAUCAAAACAGUGCAGACAACGAACUAUUAGAUUGCACGAGUCAUGUUGUUCGUAAUUAUUACAUGGAAUUAUAUGUAUUGUUACGUUUCUCAUGGGUUUCAGAUAUUAGAUAUAUCGUAGGAUGACGUAUCGGUACUGUAGCUGGUUAACUAGUUAGCUUGCUGUUUUGGUUUCUAGCAUAGCAUCAUCAAGCAGUUUUUUCUGGACACGGAACAAUGUUUUUUGGUGCAAUUGUACAGUUGUUUACCGAACUAGGAGGACCUAUACCAAACGCUGAAGAAAGUGCAGCCAUGGCAGGAAGAGUAAACACCAGCCCUCCGGUGAAAUGCUUGUUCACGAGCAAUGAGUCAAUAGUCACGAUCAGUCUUCUACGGUGAGCUAGUGUAAAUUUACUUUUAGGUCGUGUCAUAUUCCUCAUGUGACAUGUCCUCGCCGUCACCGGUACAAAUUCGGGAGGCGAACGCACACCUGGCCGCGGUGCACAGGCGGGUAGCAGAACUGGAGCAGCGGCUCGAGGCAGCAGAGAACACCGUGAGGGAGCAAGCGGAGAGUCUCAUCAGGAAGGACGAGCAACUGAGGGCUGCUACCCAGGAGAUCACCGAGGCCAAGAAUAAAGAGAUUUACUACCUCCACGAGAAGCUGUGCAAGUCAGAGGACACCAUCCAGAGGUUUCAGAACAUGGUCAAGGAGAAGGAUGCUAUGAUAGGCCAGUUGCAACAUCGCUGCCAGCUCCUGGACAACAUCUGUAAGAGCAGGCCUUUACUAGACAGUAUGCUGUUCCAUAUGGCUGAGGCAGAAAGACUUGGGCCAGUGAUGGGGAUGGGUGAACCCACUGUCAAAACAUCCCUCACAGACGGGGAGUCAAACUGCAGUCCCAACCGCAUCUCUAACCACAAAGACUUCUCUCUCAGUGAGGAUGACCAGGAGCUGGAUGAUAUAGUGUUUGGAACAACUGUAUAGUACAAGGCCCCUGAGAAGAGUUGGGUUAGUGAAGAGGUUCUAGAAGAGGGUGGUACUUGAAGUAGAGGCAUGAGUCAUUUCAAAACAUCUGCAUGUUGUUAUUGAAUUUAAAAAAAAUCUCAAAUAGAACAUUUGUGCUCUAAGUAGUUCUUUAUACUCUGCAGAUAACUUACAAGUUAAUAUGAUGUCACAUGGGGGAACUGCUUGACACGUUAUGAAGCCUUUGGUUUAACCAAAUAAAGGGAAACUAAUCUGCCUUGAUUACACAUCUUAACCAGACAAUAACCAGGUGUCCAUUUGACAUCAGUUUCUGUUGUUUUAACUGCUGUAUUUUUGUACUGUAAUAUUUGGAAWUGGUGUAAAAAUGACCUCAUGUUCAGCUCAAAGUGUUCAAAUGUCAAAAAGUGUUGAGAAGGUCAGAGUUCAGAAAGUACAUCUGUCGCACAUGCAAGGCUAGGUUCUACUGCAUCCCAUGCAUUUGACUAUAUAGUAUACACGUUUCAGUCAUUCUGCACUAACAAAGUUUUUUUUUAAGUGACAAUUAAAUUUAAAGUGCUUGAGGUUAUUUUCGGGGAGUGUACUUACUCUACACGUAUCCCAUGUAAGCAUGACAUUUUAAUGGUUAAUCUAAGACYUACAUUAGCCUCUUGUUGGCGUCAAUAUUUGCUUCAGAGAAGCAAAGUCUAUGCAACAUUGAAGUUUGCGUCACUCUUACAGUACACUCACUCUUGCAUUAUAGAAGAUGSUACAUAGAUGUGACAUUCCAGUAGGGUCAAAAGCAGGGGAAAUCAUGCCUUGUGCUCUCAUAAUAAUAGUGUACUGUUUUGCUUAGUCAUUAUAUAUUGUGUUGGCUUAAAUCAUCAGGUGGCUAAAAGUAUUGUGUUAUGUCUGCUGUGUCUUUCAGUACAACUGCAUGAUUGUGCAGCUUAAACUGUUCCUCUUGUGAUCAUUGUACCUGUGCUUUAACACGGGAACAGUUGUGCCUCUGAACUGUCACGUGUGUUGCUCUGUUCAUUUAAGAAAAUAUUUUCUGAGAAGUGGUAUUUUGAUUCAAUGAGGGAAGUUUUUUUUUUUAGCAACAGACCAGUCUGUCUGCUACAUUAAUAAAUUAUUUAUUUAUACAA